CUUGCAUAUCUUCGUGGAUAUGUAAUGCUUUACCCUAAUUAUAAAGAUUCUAUUAGCUUUACCACUAAUUAUGCUGAGUACGGUGUUCAUUUUCAUUUCAAGGGAGAAGAAAAAAACCAAUGGCUCCUUCCAUUGAUGAAAGAGGAUAUUCUAUUGGAAGGGUUACCUGAUGGUCAUUUACCAAACUUUGAGGAUUUACCAACUAUGGACCUUUGGGGUUAUCUUGUGUCACCAAGUGAAUUAAUUCAACCCAAUCAUAGAGUGGAUAAUACAAAAUCUUCUAUUGAUAACAAUAAAAAUGACUUCAUUUAUUAA